AUGGGUCAGUGGAAUAAUCAUCAUAAAGUUGUGAGUGGUUUGAUUAUUAUUGGUGUGGUUCUGAUGAUGAUGAUGAUGAUGAUGUGCAUGGAAGUGAAAUCACAGUCACCACAGAGGAUUCCAGCUUUGUUUGUGUUUGGAGAUUCACUGGUGGACGUUGGAAACAAUAACUUCUUAAACACUUUAGCCAAGUCCAAUUACUAUCCUUAUGGAAUUGAUUUGAGAGGUGGUCCUACUGGUAGAUUCUCUAAUGGCUUCAACAUUAUUGACUUCAUUGGAACCAUGCUAGGGGUUCCUCCAGCACCAGCAUAUGCAGAUCCCACAACAAGAGGAACCAGAAUCCUUAAUGGAGUCAAUUAUGCUUCUGCCGCUUGUGGCAUCCUUGACGAAACUGGCCGUCACUACGGUGAGAGGUUUAGCUUGAACCAGCAAGUGUUGAACUUUGAGAACACAUUGAAUCAAGUGAGAACAAUGAUUAAUGGAACACAAUUGAGCCAAUACUUGGCCAAAUCAAUAGCAAUUUUGGCGUUUGGAAGCGACGAUUAUAUCAACAACUAUCUAUUGCCUACAUUAUACAAUUCCAGUUACCUUUAUAAUCCCCAACAGUUUGGCAACCUUCUUCUUAAUAGCUAUGCUCGUCAAAUUCUGGCACUAUACAGUUUAGGGCUAAGGAAGUUCUUCAUAGCAGGGGUAAAGCCGCUGGGAUGCAUCCCAAACCAGAGAGCAAGGGCCCUACCUGGAAGGUGUGCAGAUGAGGUGAACCAGAUGCUUGGGACCUUCAAUGAAGGCCUCAGAGCCAUGGUUGAGCAGUUCAAUAAGAACCACCCUGAUGCCAUGUCUGCUUACGGCAAUACUUACGCUGUAUUUGGUGAUAUCCUCAAUAACCCUGCUGCCUACUCAUUCAGUGUGAUUGAUAGAGGCUGCUGUGGAAUUGGAAGGAACCAAGGGCAGAUAACAUGUCUUCCACUUCAAGUUCCAUGCCUGAACAGAGGCCAAUAUGUGUUUUGGGAUGCUUUCCAUCCAACACAAUCUGCAGCAUAUGUCUUCUCUUGGAGAGCUGUUAAUGGCCCGCCUUCUGAUUCUUAUCCCAUUAAUAUUCAGCAGAUGGCUCUUCUUUAG